GUGAACUGCCCCUCUCGCUGGCGGCAUGCACCAAUCAGUGGGAUGUGGUGGCCUACCUCCUGGAGAACCAGCACCAGCCUGCCAGCCUGCAGGCUGCCGACUCGCUGGGCAACACGGUCCUGCACGCGCUGGUGAUAAUCGCAGACAACUCAGCUGAGAACAGCGCUCUGGUGACCCACAUGUACGACAGGCUCCUCCAGGCUGGGGCCAGCCUCUGCCCCUCGCUGCAGCUCGAGGACAUCCCCAACCUGCAGGGCCUUACACCCCUGAAGCUGGCUGCCCAGGAGGGCAAAAUGGAGAUUUUCAGACACAUCCUGCAGCGAGAGUUCUCGGGACCGUACCAGUGCCUCUCCCGGAAGUUCACUGAGUGGUGCUACGGGCCAGUCCGGGUGUCACUGUAUGACCUGGCCUCUGUGGACAGCUGUGAGGAGAACUCGGUGCUGGAGAUCAUCACCUUUCACUGCCGGAGCCCGCACCGACACCAAAUGGUGGUUUUGGAGCCGCUGAACAAACUGCUGCAGGCGAAAUGGGACCUGCUCAGGCCCAGGUUCUUCUUCAACUUCCUGUGUUUCUUGAUCUACAUGCUCAUCUUCACCGCUGUUGUCUACUGCGAGCCUGCCCUGGAAAAGGCCUUCCUCCCCAUGAAGGGGACAGUGAGAAACUCCCUGCAGCUACUGGGCCACAUCCUGAUCCUGCUUGGGGGCGGCUACCUCCUCCUGGGCCAGCUGUGGUACUUCUGGAGGCGCCGUCUGUUCAUCUGGAUCUCAUUCUUGGACAGCUACUUCGAACUGCUCUUCUUGGUCCAGGCCCUGCUCACGGUGCUGUCUCAGGUGCUGCAUUUCCUGGCUAUUGAGUGGUACCUGCCUCUGCUUGUGUCCUCGCUGGUGCUGGGCUGGCUGAACCUGCUUUACUAUACACGCGGCUUCCAGUACACAGGCAUCUACAGCGUCAUGAUCCAGAAGGUCAUUCUGCGGGACCUGCUCCGCUUCCUUCUGGUAUACUUAGUCUUCCUUUUCGGCUUCGCUGUAGCCUUGGUGAGCCUGAGCCAGGAGGUCCGGGACCCCAGGGUCCCCGCAAGUUCGAAUGCCACGGAGGCAGCGUUGUCUGGAGCAGGACAGGAGGACGAGGGCAGCGAGGUCCCAUACCGUGGCAUCAUGGACACCGCCUUGGAGCUCUUCAAGUUCACCAUCGGCAUGGGCGAGCUGGCCUUUCAAGAGCAGCUGCGCUUCCGCGGGGCUGUGCUGCUGCUG